AUCUCAGUCCAGGUCAUUAGCAUUUGCAAGCAUGUCUGUGAAUGAGUCCAAGGCAGAUCUCUAUGACAUGUCCACUUUGUCCAUUGCUGAGCUGGAGAAAGAGCCUGCUCACCCCAAAGCCUCUGUAUUUGAGAGGUACAUCCAGACUUGUGCAGCAGAGGUGAUCGGGUCAGCUCUGUUCAUCUUCGUGGGCUGUUCGUCUGUGAUUGAGAAUGUGGAGGGCACAGGAAGGCUGCAGCCUGCACUGGCACACGGCUUGGCUUUGGCGAUUGUUAUUGUAGUCUUAGGUGAAAUCAGUGGAGGACACUUCAACCCUGCAGUAACGCUGUCUGUGUACCUGGUUGGAGGGCUGAACUUCGUUCUGCUUGCUCCUUACAUCAUGGCUCAGCUGUGUGGAGGGAUGCUGGGAGCAGCUCUGGCCAAGGCAAUCUCCACAGAGGAAACGUAUAUGAAUGCGUCCGGUGGGGCAUUCACGGCUGUGCAGAGCAGUGGGCAGAUCGGCAGAGCGAUUGUGGCAGAGACUUUGAUGACUGUCUUCUUGACUCUGGUCGUCUGCAUGGGAGCAGUCAAUGAGAAGAGCCGGAGUCACCUGGCUCCCCUCUGUAUCGGUCUCACUGUUGCAGCCGACAUAUUUGUAGGAGGAUCCGUGUCUGGAGCUUGUAUGAACCCUGCUCGGGCGUUUGGACCAGCAGUGGUGGCUAACUACUGGUCUUACCACUGGAUUUACUGGGUCGGUCCACUAGCUGGUGCUCUGAUAACUGCCUUAUUUGUAAGGCUACUGCUGGGUGACAGAAAAAUCCGGAUUCUUCUCAAAUAAAGCGGCGUAAAUACUUCAAGAAAAAUAUGUUGAUGCCCAAAAAGCUCCACCUUGAAGACCAGUCUCAAUUGAUUCAGUGUCCUAACUAUAAUGAUUCUACUUUUGAUAUGUUCUAACACGUUUUUGGGGGUCUCUAGAAUGAAGACUACUUAAUGGGUUAUGAAAGCUCCUGGUCACCAUGGAAACAUAUUGAUUACUAUGAUCUAUAUCCACAUGUAUGUGCAGUUACAAAGUUUAACAUAGAGACAAACAAACAGGCUGCCUUCACAUACAGUACCCCCAGAUUUGGAUACUCAUAAUACCUUGUGCUGAAGAUCUUUUCAAAUUUCAUCACAAUUGGAUCUCUAGAUAUAUUUAAAAAAGUGUGACAGACGGACAGGCAGCCUCCAUAUACCCCAGGAUACUGAUACACUCAAUAAUUUGUGCUGAUGAAGGUCCUUAAUAAGGUUCAUCAGUUCUCUUGUUCUCUAUUAAAAUGUACGUGUGACAUGCAGUCAGAUGAAUAGAAACACAGCCUCCAUAUAGCAAGUUUCAUUGCAGUGGAGAAAGUGUUCUAGCUAUAUGGAAAAAUGACACACAGAGAGACAGACAAACACUGUAAACCCAAAUAUUAUGAUACUUAAUAUAACUUGUGCUGAAGUAGUCUGUAACAAGUUUUAACAUGUUCCACUGUGCUUUAAAACUGAUAAUGAGUCAUGACACAACACUUUUAUUAACUGAACAAGUAAUAGGAAUAAUCAAGCAAUCUAAGAAAUUAAGCAAAGAGAAUAGAUUUAGAAUAGAUUUAGAUAUAGAAUAAAAGAGAAUAAAUUUUGAAUAAAUACGAACAAAUGAUAUGGGUGUUAAAUUCUAAUUAAAGAAAUAUAAUUUAACAACAGAUUGAUAAAAGAAUCAAUUACGAUUUUGUAACGUCUUAUUAAUUAGAAUCUAGAUUUACUCCAAACAGUUAUCCUGCUUGCAUAUUCACGUUACUGUAUUUGUUUAUCGAUUUAAGACUAUUAUUUCCUAGAUUAUAUUUACACUGAAAAAAUUAAAACCAUUACGCAUAUUAAUUAAAUGGAAUUCUUAACCCGGACAUAAUAACCUCAAUUCUUCUUAAACUAACGUAUAUUUAAAAUAAAAAAAAUUCCAGGUCAGACUAUUUUUUUAAGCUUCAUUAAAAAAAAACAAAAACAAAA